AUGGUUCAUUUCUAUGAUGCGCCAACUCUUGAGAAGGGAUGUAAGGUCUAUAUUCAAAUUAAUAAAGAGAAAUUUUUGAAAAGCAAAGGAUGGGAAGAAGUUGAAGAGGUUUAUCCAAAAUUGGCCAUUAGAAUUCUCAAAUCUGUCGUCUGUGAUAAUAUUUGUUUUUGA